AUGAGGUUCGGGGGCAAGGCUGCAGCCUCAUGGCGCAUCCAGCUUCUAACCAUAGCUGGGGUGCUGCUCUCAGCUGUGGUCGCCAAAGAUAGCCCGACUGUGAAAACGACGUCGAUGAGCAACCCGCCGCAUGGCAUCAAUUAUUUCGAGGAUAGCGACACCAUCGUCUUCUGGGAUUACGAGGAGGGCAAUGUCUACCGAUCCGAUGACGCAGGCGUCACCUGGAACACAGUCAAAGGCGUCCCUGACGGCAUUGCAACCGGUCUGAUCAUGCAUCGAUACGAACCAAAGACAGCUUUCAUUUUGACAGAUAGCAAGAAGCACUUCAAGACCGAGGACCGAGGCGCGUCCUGGACGACGUGGAACAGCGCCAGCAUUCCCAGCUUCUAUGAAGAUGUUCUUAGCUUCCACGCCAGCGACCCUAAGCGAAUAAUCUUCAACGGCAUGUCCUGCGAAAGCAUCUUCUGCUCGAGGGAGGCCAAAUAUACCACCGACGGUUUUGAAUCUGUCCAUACUCUUCGUCCCUCCACUGCUGGCUGCCACUGGGCCAAAGCUUCUCCCGAGUUCACCACUGGCGAUGACGACCUUGACAAGAAGAGGACAAUGUGCAUUGUUGCCGAGGGAUUUGCUUCAACCAUCGAUGACCAAAAGCUGCGCAUUUCAGACUCUUUCUUCGAAUCCAAUGAUGGCAAGAUCGCCGAGUUCGAGCCCAAGCUGGAUUCCAACAAAGAGGUUGAUGGUGUCGUUAACCUGGCAGUCGUCAAGAGCUAUCUCCUUGUGGCUACUUCUUCCAGCUUGGUGGACGAAAUGGUACUCUAUGUAUCCAAAAACACGCAGACGUGGCACCGUGCCAUUUUCCCCACAGCUGAAAAGCACGAUCAUUCGCAUAUACUUACCGAGGCCUACACCGUCCUUGAGAGCACCAACUCGAGCAUUCAAAUCGACGCUCUAACCUCGCACCCAUCUCAUCCCAUGGGUGUCUUAUUCACCAGUAACUCGAAUGGUACCUACUUCAACGAGAACCUAGCAUAUACCAACCGAAACAAGAGGGGUCAUGUUGAUUUUGAGAAGAUCAGCGGGAUCCAGGGUGUAUAUCUGGUCAAUGUGGUUGAGAACGGUCACGAUGUUGAUGAGAAAGGCGCCGAUAAGAAGGUUGUGAGUAAAAUCACGUUUGACGAUGGCCGAACCUUUAGCAACAUCAAGGCUGGUGAGGAAACUAUCCAUGUCCAUUCCGAGACUGAGCUUGAUAAUACAGGACGUGUGUUCUCAAGCCCCGCUCCUGGACUGGCGAUGGCCAACGGCAACACCGGGGACCAGCUGGGCGACUUCACGAAGGCCAAUCUAUAUGUCUCGGACAAUGCUGGGGUGACCUGGAAGGAGGCGCUCAAAGGUCCCCACAAAUAUGAGUUUGGUGAUUCAGGUUCAAUCUUGGUUGCUGUUAAGGACUCUAGGGAUUCAGACAUCGACGAAUAUUCCUACUCCCUCGACCACGGCGAGAAUUGGAAGUCGGAGAAGCUUCCUGACGGACUCAAAAUCAGACCCGCCAUUCUCACCACAACUCAAGACUCAACAAGCCUGAAAUUCCUUCUUCUAGGUGUAAGCGGCGGCUCUUACCAUUUCAUCGCCAUCGAUUUUGAAGGUCUCCAUGAGCGCACUUGUGGCGAUGACGACAUGGAAGAUUGGCAUGCUCGUGUUGACUCUGAUGGAAACCCCACUUGCCUCAUGGGCCACAAGCAAACAUAUCGCCGCCGCAAGAAGACUGCCGACUGCUUUGUCAAGAGCGACUUCAAGGACCCAGUCCCUAAAUAUGAGAAUUGCGAAUGCACAAAUGCCGAUUUUGAAUGCGAUUACAACUUUGAGCGCAACGGAGAAGACCGUAGCGAAUGUGUCAAGGUAGGACCUAUUGCGCGACCUGAGGGUGUCUGCGGAAAGCCAGAGGAUACAUUCAAAGGAAGUUCUGGCUGGAGGCUGAUUCCCGGCAAUACUUGCGACCGGGUCGACGGCGCGCAGAAGGAUGAUCCGGUAGAGAGAAAGUGCUCUGAUGCCAUCUCCGCCCCGUCUACUCCCGCCAGUGGAAAGGUAUCAAUGAAGACGUUCGAAUUUGAUACGGACAUGAAGGAGAUGCAAAAGAUACACCUUGAAAGGGGCUUUUCCAGUAACGAUGAGACGGUCAUUGCUCGGGGCGCCUCACACCUAGUAGACGGCAAUCUACAAAUUGACAAGAAGGUCUGGCUGUCAAGCAAUCAAGGCAAAGAUUGGACUCGCAUCCUUGAAGGACAAGAUAUCUAUGGUAUUUAUCCCCAUCGUUAUUUCCAGGAUAUUGUUUAUUUCACCACGCCGACGAAAAAGGUCAUCUACACCAUUGACAGAGGCCAAACCUUCCACAGCUUUGAGGCUCCUGAACCUCCAAAAGGUUCCCUGCCGCUGAGCUUUCAUCCUGAGAAGAGGGAUUGGCUCAUCUGGCGUAGCGAAAAAUGCGACAAGGGACUGAGCGGCUGCAUUGAGCAAACAUGGAUAUCUCUCGACCGUGGUGACGACUGGACGACCCUUCACCGCUACGCCAACAAGUGCGAAUUCACUGGAAGUUCUUCCUAUAGGAAUCGCAAUUUGAAGCAGGUGGUUUGUCUUGCUCGAACCGAAGAAAAUAACGACGCCCCUUUCACUGUUAGGUCAAGUGAUGACUUCUUCCAAGAAGACAUUACAAGCUUCGAUGGCCAAGUGACCAACUUUGCAACGAUGAACGAGUUCAUUGUGUUGGUUAGGGAUGCAACCGAUAAAGAGGACCUGCAGUCUUUUGCAAGUCUCGACGGGAAACAUUUUGAGAAAGCCCAAUUCCCUCAUGACUUCCAUAAAAACCAUGACAGCCAGUACACUUUGCUGGAUAGCUCGACGCAUGCAGUUAAUAUGUUUGUCUCGGCAGAACCAUCUGCUGAUUGGAACUAUGGCUCCAUCGUCAAGAGCAAUUCGAAUGGUACAUCGUACGUGGUGAGCGCUACCAAUGUCAAUGCAAACGCAGCAUCCUUUGUCGACUUUGAGAAGGUCCAGGGUCUCGAAGGUGUUGCAAUUAUCAAUGUUGUUUCCAACAGCGAUAGUAAAAAGGACAAGAAGAAGGAGAUACAAACCAAGAUCUCCCACAACGACGGUGCUCGAUGGAGCUAUCUCAACCCUCCACACAAUGACGCGGAUGGCAAUCCCUACAGGUGCAACAGGUCGGGGGGCAAGUCAUGUGCCUUGCACCUCCACCACUACACGGAGCGCGAGGAUCGAAGGAAGACUUUCGGCGCUCCCACAGCUGUCGGCCUCAUCUUUGGAGUCGGAAACGUCGGGGCGAAACUGGAGUCUCUUGAUGACGCAGACACCUUCAUGUCGGCCGAUGCAGGUAUCACCUGGACAAACGUCAAGAAAGGUCGCUGGACAUGGCAGUACGGUGAUCAAGGGUCUAUCAUCACCCUGGUACAGAAGUCUACGCCCAAGAAUAAGGUCAAGACCAAGAGUAUCUCAUACUCGGUGGAUGAGGGUAAAACGUGGACCGACUUUGAGUUUUCGGAUAAAGAGGUCACUGUUCAGGAUCUCACAACAACAACAUCCGGCACAUCCAGGAACUUCAUCGUCUGGUAUCAAAGCGAUAGCAAACUCCACGCUGCUAACAUUGAUUUCACCGGGCUGACCGAUCGCCCCUGCAAGACCAUCGAUGAGGCAGAUUCCGACUAUACCUUGUGGUCGCCAAAGCACCCUACGCAAGACAACGAUUGUCUCUUUGGUCAUGUCGCCAAGUACCUACGAAAGAAGCCAGAGAGUAACUGCUACAACGAGAAGAGUCUGAAGCGGCUCUACGGGUAUGAGGAUUGCCGUUGCUCACGCCAAGACUUUGAAUGUGCGUACAAUUACGAACUUGACAGCCACCAGCAGUGCUCGUUGGUAAAAGGCCUUUCACCACUUUCUGGGAAAGAAUGGUGCGAAAAGAAUCCCAACGCCACGACGUGGUUCGAGCCAACCGGCUACCGCAAGAUCCCUUUGUCGACUUGCAAGGGAGGCGAGCUCGACCAGACCACCAAAGAGCAUCCAUGCGAAGGCUUCGAGGAAGAGUUUGAGCGCAAGCAUCGCACAUCUGGAGUUGCCAUUUUCUUUGCCGUGGUGAUCCCCAUUUGCCUGGCCGGCACAAUUGGCUUCUAUGUCUAUCGCAACUGGACCGGCAAGUUUGGACAGAUCCGGCUCGGUGACAACCAAACGUCCACUUUUGAUAGCGAUCAGCCAUGGGUCAAGUAUCCUGUCAUCGCUAUCUCGGCCGUCGCGGCAGUAGUGGCAUCCCUACCCCUCGUUUUCGCCAGCCUAUGGCGCAGCGCCUCGGGCGUAUACGAAAGACUGGGCGGGCGAUCUCGCCGUGGCUGGGCUAGCGAGCGCAGAUUCACGACCAGGGAUAGCUUUGCCCGGGGUCGUGGAGACUACUCAGCCAUUGCUGACGACGAAGGGGAGCUGCUGGGUGAGGAAAGCGACGAGGAUGUCUAA